AUGGUGGAUCCCAAUCCACCUUGGGGCCACAAAACCCCUACAUCCAAACAAAAUUAUGGACGAUCUCUUCCCACCUGGAUGGAUCCUAAAGGAUUGCACGGUGAAGUUCAGUUCUUGAUCCUAAGUGCCCAAGAAAACUUCAAACUACCCAGCAACCCUUUUGUUGUUUCCAAAUCCAUCGACCGAGUGGUCGGGAGGAUUUACGGAGCAAACCCCAUUAACAACGGAGAAGCUUAUCUGCUGAAAAUCAGAAGCAUUGAACAGGCCAAUAACUUGCAAGGAUUAACGGAACUGAUCGACGGAACGAAAAUUGUCAUCGCACCCCACCCAACACUCAACACAUGCCAACGGGUUGUUUCCUGUCGUGAGGCCGUCGGGCUUUCAGACGAGGAAAUCCAGGAAAACCUAGCCGACCAGGGCGUUACUAAAGUUUAUCGUUUCAUAAAGAAAAUCGACGGCAAAUCUAUUCCUACAAAUUCCAUGGUCCUGACCAUAAAAGGAACUGUAGCACCAGACUUCAUCUACUUCGGGUACAUUCGCACUCCUACCCGACCAUACUAUCCGAGACCACUCAUCUGCCUGAAAUGCGGAAAGUUUGGUCAUUCGAAGCUGAGAUGUCAACAACCUGUGAAGUGCUUGAACUGUGGGGAAUCUCCUUCCCAUGAAGACUGCUCCAAAGAACCACACUGUCUGAACUGUGAUGGGCCCCACCCUACUAUGAGCCGCUCCUGUCCAGUUCAGAAAGAGGAACAGGAAAUAGUCAAGAUCCGUGUAGACUUGGGAAUACCACAAGGAGCCGCGGUCAAAGAAUUCCGGAAACGUCAAAAGGUUGGCCAAACAACUAGCAAUAUCCAGCAACGUCUCUCAAAUCCUGCAGAAGAAGAAAAGGCAAAAGACCUAAGAAUUUUACAACUUGAACAACAAAUACAUAAACUCACAACGCAACUCCAACAACUGUUAGCUGUACCAGAACAGGAAUCAACCACCGAAACAGAAACUGACAACUCAGAAACCACUACCAUCACCUGCAGCAGCCAAGACUCCAAAACAACCAAACGCAGCCGACGCAACCGUAGGUCCAAAGAUGACAAACCUGCCAAAAGAAAUUCAACUCCGAAGAAACAGUGCCUUGAAUCCGACUCCAAACCAGGCCCAUCCAAACCUUGCAACACCCAAUCCCCCAUUCAACAACAGACCGGCCUACAAGGCGCUGGAAUUGCCAUCAAAAUUGGAUUCCCUUUCGUUCACCUGCCCAUCAAUUCAUCACUCAAUGUAGUUGCCAUACGUCUUAACUCUCCUAUCGAGAUUUCAAUCGUUUCACUCUAUAUCUCUCCCAAAGUGUCAUAUCAAGAAUUCAGAAACCAAUUAGAAGAUAUAUUGAGUCAAGUACCCGCACCUGUCCUCCUUCUGGGUGACUUCAAUGCUCACUCUACAGAAUGGGGUUGUUCCCACACCGACCGAAAAGGAUCGUUACUUGAAGACCUCGUAAUGAAUAAAAAUUUGACCAUCCUCAACAACUCUCUCCCCACCCGAAUCUGCCCCGUAACCGGUAACACAUCUGCUAUAGAUCUUAGCAUUGUUUCCUGGAAUAUGGGUUCUAAAUUCAAUUGGAAAGUCCUGGAUGAUUGUUUUGGCAGUGAUCAUUUCCCUAUCUCGAUAUUCUUGGAACCCUCGACUCCCGGUUCCAUCAUCAGACCUCGGUGGAAAUAUGAUGGUGCCGACUGGAUUGGCUAUCAAAUAGACCUCGAACAAAGUCUGGAAAGAGAACCCCCACACAACACUGAAACUUUUUCCAAACUAAUCACCGACACAGCUCGAAAGCAUAUUCCUAGAACCACCGGAGUCCCCGGUAGACCCUCGGUCCCCUGGUGGAACUCAGAAGUCCGAAAAGCGAUCAAACUCCGUCGAAAAACAAUGAGAUUUCUCAAACGUCUUGACAACGACGAUCCACGCAAAGAAACUGCUCUUCUGGAGUUUAAGGCAGCACGUUCGUCAGCCCGUUCCGUUGUCAAAAAGGCCAAACAGGAUUGCUGGAAACAGUUUUUGGAAGAAAUCAACCCAUCAACCCCCUCUUCCAAACUAUGGGAAAAAAUCAAACGUCUCAAUGGUGUCAAUAGGACCAGUCAAUUCCAUCUUCUUCUCAACCAACAAUACACCAAUGAUCCUGCAAUACUUGCGGACUCUUUUUGCAAUUUUUUCUCUUCCAUCUCCUCCCCGGAUCACAACUCUCAACAUACUACAAUAGACUUCUCCACCAACCUACACCUCGACUAUAACACCGAUUUCAGCAAAAAAGAACUGGAUAAAGCCCUUGAAAAAGGAAAAGGAAACUCUGCUGGAAUGGAUGAAAUCGGGUAUCCUUUGCUUAGAAAUCUUCCACCAAUAGGGAGAGCUAUUCUCCUCAACAUCCUAAAUGAGAUCUGGCACAGUGGAGAUAUUCCCAACCAAUGGAAACAAGGACUUGUAAUUCCCAUUCCCAAACCAAACCAGGACUUACACCAGCUGAACAGCUAUCGUCCCAUUACACUCCUUGAAUGUAUGGGCAAAAUCCUUGAGCGUAUGGUUAAACGGAGAUUAGUUUCUAUCCUCGAGAAAGAUAACCGCUUUGAUUAUCGACAAUUUGGUUUUCGUCCUGGUCUCGCUACCGACGAUCACUUAACAACAUUGGAAAGCAUAUUGGAAAAUGCCCUAUCAAAUAACCGACAUGUAGAAUGUUUAUCCCUCGAUCUGUCGAAAGCCUUCGAUCGAGUAAGCCGCUACAGAAUUCUCUCCUCGAUCAGAGAAUGGGGGAUUGUGGGUAGAAUGGGAAAUUACAUACAAAGCUUCCUAACAAACAGAACAGCGAGAGUAUUCAUAGACGGUAAAUACUCGUCACCCCGAGUCAUACAUGACGGAGUACCUCAAGGUUCGGUGAUAGCUCCAACGCUUUUCCUGAUCGGCUUACAAUCCGUUUUUAGGAUCGUGCCUGAAGAUACCGAAAUAUUGGCCUACGCUGACGACCUCAUCUUAAUAUCAUCCUCUCCAUACUCCCGCAUUGCUCGGAAAAAGCUUCAACUAGCCGUCGACAAGAUUUCCACCUGGGCCCCUACAGUUGGAUUCACCUUUGCACCGGAAAAAUCCAAACUGAUGCACCUAGGUCCUCAUAGAAAAAGAUUGCGUAAGAUCCCUCCGCUGAAAAUGCAGAACAAGAACAUUCCCCUGGUUCGGUCAGCCCGAAUUCUUGGGGUCUGGAUAGACGACCAACUUCGUUUCACCAAACACAUCAACUGCGUCCGUAACGCCGCCAAAAGAAAGCUGAAUAUUCUCAAAAAACUCUGCUGCUCGAACUGGGCGGGAUCUCGCUCAUCAUUACAUCUGUUUGUCCACGGAUGGUUGCUACCAACAAUUCUCCAUGGAGUCGGUUUUUUUAGCCGAGGACCCGAAAAAGUACUGGAAAAAUUGGAACCGUUGUACAACCAGGCAAUCCGUUACAUAAGUGGUUGUUUCAAAAGUAGCCCUAUUCCAUCAGUGAUGGUGGAAAGUGGGCAGUUACCGUUUAAAUACAUCCUUACAAAGGCUCUUUCUAUCAAGGCUAUCAGAUGGUUAUCGUUGAAUCGGAAUCAGGAAGUUCCUAUGGUUCAUCGUGCACAAAUGUUUUUAAACAGAAUCCAAGCCUCUAUACCUGCCAUCUGUCCUCGAUACGACCCAAGGUUGCAAAAAUGGAAUGCGUCCACUCCCAAAGUAGACCUGUCUCUGCUUUCCAAAAUAAAGGCUGGCACAAAUCCGUCCUAUGUACUGCCUCAUUUCUACCAUCUUGUCGAACGGAAAUACAAAGACGUCCCAAAAUUGUACACCGAUGGAUCGAAAACGCUCGAUGGGAGAGUGGGUUGUGGUAUUACGAGCGAGAACAUAAAUGUCUCACUUCCUCUGCCAUCGAUCUGCUCGGUCUUUAGCUCUGAAGCAUUCUCUCUACUGUCAGCUGCCCAAAAUUAUUGCCCAACUACACAAUCCGUGAUCUUCUCGGAUUCAGCCAGUGUUUUGAAAGCGGUUUCUGUGGGAAACAUCAAACAUCCAUGGAUAGUUACUCUGUCAGAAGUCGCCAUCCAGAAAGGUAUAACGCUGUGCUGGAUUCCCGGACACUCAAACAUUGCCGGCAAUGAACGAGCGGACCACCUUGCGGCAGCUGGUAGUCAACUCGAUCCCCAAAACCAAACGAUUCCCUCCCCUGACGCUUUGAAAUGGGUAAAACGACACAUCACAUUAGCAUGGUCCCAGACCUGGAACAUUAUAGCCCAGAAUAAAUUGAGAGAAGUAAAAAAUACUACUGAAGCAUGGAUCGACCGAGCAUCUUUUCGAGAAAGGCGAAUACUGACACGGCUUCGUAUAGGUCACACCCGGUUGACCCACGGAUACCUGAUGGCCAUGGAUGACCCUCCUAUGUGUGUUGCCUGCCAGGUCCAACUCAGCAUAAAACAUAUUCUUCUAAACUGCCCUUGCUACCAGCAAGCUAGGAUCGAGUCCGGUCUUGGGAACAGUCUUAGACAGAUCCUAUCCAACUGUCCCAUCGAAGAGAAGAAAAUUAUACUGUUUCUUCAAAAAAGUGAUAAUGGAUAA